UUGUCUCCUCGGUGUCUCAGUGGGACAAUAAAACAUCGCGUCUGGGCGAGGAGCAGGAGCGCUCCACGCACCGGGGGCGUUGGGUUAGAACCGCUGGAACACCCUCCGGGGCGCCCCGCCACCACUUCCUGACCCCGGACCCGUGGACCUUACGUGUGUGCCCAAACUACAGCGUCAUUGUUUAUACCCACGGUUUCACCAAUUGGAGUUUCAUGCAGCGUUCGCUGCGCCCUCGUGCCGCGUAAACGCGACGGAAACGGGUGUUUUCAUUUUUGGGUUUGCCGACUUGUUUUGAACGUAGGGUCCGGGGACCCUCGGGAGGGCCUGGCGCGCGCCAGGCUGGGACGGUCCGUUCAACAUCAGGAACAUCUGCCCGGUCAGUGCGUCACUCGCAGCAUCCUGUCCCCGAGACGGAACGCUGCUCUCAGCCAUGUUCUCAGCAUCAUCAGGGACCAAACUUGAUGACUCGUGAAGGGUCACUGAAUGUCUGUGGCUCCCAAAGCAUGUUCAACUGCCCUGUUCGAACCACUGACAAGUCACCCAGCCACGAUGGGGUUGAGAGUCUGCCUCAUCACAUGUAUUUGACUGAGUGAUUGAAUAUUGUGCAACUUUAUCAAAAUAAGCCAACACACCAAGACUUGCAAAGGGCCACAGUUAUUGACAUGGCUGAUUAAACCAUUGAUUGUUUUUCUGGACUGAUCAGACAUUUGUUCACUGGGAUUUUCCACAGCCCAAUGUUCAAACCACUUGUCCGACUGACUCGAGUCUAAAACCCAAACAUAUUCAGUCAACUGUCAUAUAUAAGAAGGAGAAGAGCAGCAAAUCCUCACGUCAGCGACUGGAGCCUGUGAAGGGUUUGACAUUUUUUGCCCCAAAAGUACUGAUUAGUUAUCAAUAAUUCAACAAAUUGUUUCAUUUCGACUGUCGGAACAAUAACAAUCUGGGUGUGAUCCCCAUAACGGGAGCUCAUGACCCAUGUGUGUCCAAUCAUGCUUUGUUGUGUAAAAUGGACUCAGUGUAUGUUGGCCAUCAUGUGAUUCCUGUGUUGGGACAAGUAAUUCACACAGAGGGGCUGGUGCUGUUGUCUCUUUGUGGAGUCACAGCAGAGGAGGGGGGACGCCGCUCCAGUGAGAUGUAAAAGCAGACAAGCAGGUGGGAAUCAGCUGACUGCAAAUACCAACCUGAGCUUCCACCCGGCAGCACAGAAGAUCUGCACACUCACCACAGUUUCAAGAUCUGUUUCAGAGAGCAAACUAACGCUCACCUCACCAGCCAUGUCGAACGAACGCACCCCUCUGGUCCCCUCGGGGGUGUGCGGUCUGUCCGUUGACACGGCGGCGUGUGCCGCGUCGCUGGAUGACACCCCGGAAUCCGGCUCCGGGACUCCAAGUAAAGACCCACGUCAACUGGACACCUUUUUCGGGGUGAUGGUGCCGACCGUCCUCUCCAUGUUCAGCAUUGUGCUGUUUCUGAGAACAGGGUUUGUGGUCGGUCAUGCAGGGCUGUUACAGGGUCUUUUAAUGGUGUUCGUGGCCUACACCAUUGUAUCUCUUACAAUACUCUCCAUCUGUGCCAUUUCCACCAACGGCGCCAUACAAGGUGGAGGGGCCUACUACAUGAUCAGUCGGUCUCUGGGUCCAGAGUUUGGAGGAAGCAUUGGUUUGAUGUUCUUUCUGGCCAAAGUGUUUGCGUGUGGCGAGUAUGUUCUUGGUCUUGUGGAGGCCAUUCUUGAUGUAUUUGGUUCCGAACCUGAGUCGCCCGUGUCCAAGGGGAUUCGGGUUCUCCCUCAGGGCUACUGGUACACAGUGCUCUACUCCACCGUGGUCCUUCUUCUGUGUCUGCUCGUGUGUCUGGUGGGCGCCCACAUCUACUGCCGCACCGCCUUCGUGAUCCUGCUGGUGGUGACCGUGUCCUUGCUGUCCAUCUUCAUCAGCGCCGUGGCGGUCAAACCUCAGGACUUCGUCAUCACCCACACGGGACCUGGCAACCAGACCCUUCGCUACAACGCCAGCUACACAGGCUUCAGUGCUACGACGCUGAGGAACAAUCUUGGCUCUGGUUACUCUUUGGACUACAGCACCAACUCUGUCAUGUCUUUUUCCACCGUGUUUGCCAUCAUGUUCACCAGCUGCACUGGGAUCAUGGCCGGAGCCAAUAUGUCAGGGGAGCUGAAGACGCCGAGUGUUUCCAUCCCUAAAGGCACCAUCGUGGCGGUUUUUUACUCUUUCACAGUCUACGUCCUCCUCUUCAUCUUGGUCGGCGCCACCUGUGACAGGACCCUGCUGAUUCAGGAUUAUGGAUUCUUGCAGCGCAUAAACCUCUGGUCGCCGUUUGUCACUAUUGGGAUAUACUGCGCUUCUCUGUCCGCUGCGAUGUGCUCUAUGAUAGGGGCGUCCCGUAUCCUCCACGCUCUUGCUCUGGAUCACCUCUUUGGUCUUCCUUUAGUCCCUGCUGCUGUCACCUCCAGCUCGGGGAACCCGUGGGUGGCAGUGCUGUACACCUGGGGCCUGGCUCAGUGUGUGGUGUUUGCAGGCCAGCUCAACGCUGUAGCAAGUCUGGUGACUGUGUUCUACCUGCUCGCCUACGCCGCAGUUGACCUGGCCUGUUUGGCUCUCGAGUGGGCAUCCGCACCAAAUUUCAGACCGACCUUCCAGCUCUUCUCCUGGCACACCUGCCUGCUGGGGAUCGUGAGCUGUCUGGUCAUGAUGUUCGUCAUCAACCCUGUGUACUCCUCAGGCAGCAUCGUCCUCCUGUUACUGCUGCUCCUUUUCCUCCACUACCGAUCGCCAACCAGCAGCUGGGGCUACAUCAGCCAGGCUCUCAUUUUCCAUCAGGUGCGCAAGUAUCUGUUGAUGCUGGAUGUUAGGAAGGACCACGUGAAGUUCUGGAGGCCGCAGGUGCUGUUGAUGGUGGCCAACCCGCGCUCUUCCUGUCAGCUCAUCCUGUUUGUUAACCAGCUGAAGAAGGGAGGGCUGUAUGUGCUGGGCCACGUGCAGCUGGGGGAUCUGGACUCUCUGCCGUCAGACCCGGUCCAGCAGCAGUAUAACUUCUGGUUGAGCCUCGUUGAUAAACUCGGGGUGAAGGCCUUUGUAGAUCUGACAUUGUCUCCCUCUGUCAGACAGGGAACGCAGCAUCUGCUGCGCAUCACAGGCUUAGGUGGCAUGAAGCCCAACAUGCUGAUUUUGGGUUUCUAUGACAGCUGCACUCCCGAGGACUUCUUCCUGCAGGACAGCGCAUUCUAUGACUCAUCACUAGGACGAAGCAGUGAGGGCGAAUAUAAUUUCGGGGUUGACUUGCCCUCACUACAGGCCCAUUUCCCCCCAGUCCGACACAUCGAGAGCCCACGCUGGCUGUCGCCAGAGGAGUAUGUUGGCAUCAUUUCUGAUGCCAUAAAAAUGAACAAGAACGUGUGCCUUGGUCGCUAUUUCUUCCAGUUGGAAGGAGAGGGCAAAGACAGCAAGGUGGAUGGAUCAGAGCGGACUAUCGACGUGUGGCCGCUCAACCUGCUCCAGCCCGGCAGCCGUGAUUACGAGGACGUGUGCAGCCUCUUCCUGCUGCAGAUGGCCUGUGUGCUCAACAUGUCCAGCAAAUGGCGCCACGCGAGAAUGAGAAUCUUCCUGAAUGUGGAGACCGAGUCCAGCGUCCAGGGCUGGGUGGUAAACGAGGAGACGGUUCGAGAGUUGCUGAGGAAGCUGCGGAUAAGGGCGUCCAUAACGCUUGUGCCGUGGGACUCGGUGGUGCAGCACCACGUUCAGCCCAACGUGGAGAAUCCUGCAGAGCAGACGCAAGCCCUCUCCGACGGCUUCCUGACGGCAGUGAACUGUAUGAUAAUGGAGCACAGCUCGCAGGCUGCAGUUCGCUUCCUGUAUUUACCUCGACCUCCUGCUCAUCACAGCCAGUCACAGCAGUACGUGGCUCAGCUGGAGGCAGUGACCAGCGGUCUGGGGCCGACGCUCCUGAUCCACGGUGUCACCCCAGUUACAUACACCGACCUCUGAGCAUGUGCAGUCAGAUGUUGUCCUCAUGUGAAAUUGUACAGCAAAGUCUUAUUAAGGCAAAUCUGUAAACUCUAGGAAAAUGUCCUAUUUUCAUAUACUUGAACUGGCUCGGUGGUUGAGCCAAGAAUUUGGGAGAAUACCAACUACUUGGGUUCUGUUUUUUUUUUUUAGGAUUAGCCUCGGUUCUGUCUUUUCACCUAAGGCAGAUCACAAUGUAUCAAAGGCUCUUCAGAACAAAAACACAGUUUGUUUUGAGCUUUACGGGUUACCUAGAACACUGAAAAUAGAAAUGUUUAUAUCUAUCAUUUCAGGGAUGAAAUUCUGCAUUUGUGGUGUUUUGUGAUUUACCACCAUACAAAUCUUUGUAUGGUGAUAUGGUGAUUCAUAAUAAUUUUCUUUUAUUUCCUCUGUAUUAUUGCUGCUUGCCCCCCCCCUUCAUUCAAACAUUCCUGUUCAUGUUAUCUUUUAACAUCAAAUAAUCAAAAGACUUUGUGGUUCUGCGCUUAAUUAAGUCCUGAUGUUUGUUGUCCCUGCACUUUUGCAAACAUCUUUCUCUGUUAAACACGUACCUCACUUCUUCACAAAUGUAAUCUUGUACAUUUGACCUGGUGCUGGUGUAAGAGCUAACUUUACGAUACAGACUGUCAAACAUACACUGAAGGGUUACAUUUACGGUAACGUCGAAGGUACUGAAAACAUUCGAGCGUCCGAAUCCAGCUUCAGUCCCGACCAAGGACGACUCGGACCAAGUCAAGAUUGAAAGUUCUCACAUUCUUACUCAGCUAUUUACCAUAUUUAGAAAAAUGUUAACUUCACUGCACUUUUGCACACUUACACACUGCAUGGACCUUGUACAAAUUCUCAAAUAGGCAGCUGCUUGAGAGAGUCUUGCAUGACUUGGCUUUGCCUUUCUCACAUAUUCCAUCUUGAGUUGUGAACCUCAAGACCUCAACUGUCUGCGAGAAAGAGGAGCAACUCUUUCACUAAUGGAUUCCGUGACUAACGUUCCUGUGGAGUAAAUAUAUGCCAAAUGCACUGUUAUGGUUUCUUUGUCAGUUUAAAAUUGUCACCUACUAUAUGUAUUUAAACAUUGCCAAUCUGCAACACAAA